GCCGGAAGCCAGCCCCGGACGGCCACGCCAGCUAAUCAAGGAGCCGAACCGCCCGCCUUUAACCUUUGCCCUGCUGCCGCGAGGGCGCGCGGGAAAUCCUGAGUGUCUCCGCAACCUACCGGGCGGUAGGACCAUGGCCACGUCCUCCGUGUCCAAGGGCUGUUUUGUGUUUAAACCAAACUUCAAGAAAAGGAAGAUCUCUGUGCCAAUAGAGGACUAUUUUAAUAAAGGCAAAAAUGAGUCUGAGGACAGCAAGCUUCGAUUCGAAACUUAUCACUUGAUGUGGGAACAGAUGAAAUGUGAAACUGAGCGACUACAGGAAGAAUUAAAUAAAAAUCUGUUUGACAGUCUAAUUGAAUUUCUGCAAAAAUCUCAUACUGGAUUUAAGAAGAAUUCAAGAGACUGGGGACAUCAAAUAAAACAUAGAGAAAUUCCAGUUGCUGCUCUUGUUCUUGGUGUGAAUGUUACAGAUCAUGAUUUAAUAUUCAGAAGCUUAACAGAGGCCCUCCAGAAUAAUGUCACACCAUAUGUAGUCUCAUUGCAAGCUAAAGAUUGUCCAGAUAUGAAACAUUUUUUGCAAAAGUUGAUCUCACAAUUGAUGGACUGCUGUGUAGAUGCAAAACCCAAAGAGAAGGAAAGUAUUCAGGUCACCCAGAAAAUGACACAUUGUUCAAUGGAUUCACUUUCUAGCUGGUAUAUGACUGUCACACAGAAGACAGACCCAAAAAUAUCAGGCAAAAAGAGGACAACUUCUAGCAAGUGGCAGUCUCCUCCUGUUGUGCUUAUCUUAAAGGACAUGGAAAGCUUCACAACAAAAAUACUCCAAGACUUCAUAAUUAUCAGCAGUCAACAUCUGCAUGAAUUUCCACUAAUACUCAUUUUUGGAAUCGCCACAUCUCCUAUUAUCAUCCACCGAUUGCUUCCUCAUGCAGUAUCAUCUCUAUUAUGUAUAGAACUAUUCCAGUCUUUGCCUUGCAAAGAGCACCUGACGACAGUACUUGAUAAGCUACUUCUUACAGCUCAGUUUCCCUUUAAAAUAAGUGAAAAAGUGUUACAGAUUCUAACAAACAUCUUUUUGUAUCAUGAUUUCUCAAUUCAGAACUUUGUAAAAGGACUUCAGCUUUCUCUACUAGAGCAUUUUUAUUCCCAGCCCCUAAGUGUUCUGUGCUGCAGUCUUCCAGAAGCCAAGAGAAGAAUAAAUUUUUUAUCAGCUCAUCAAUGUGAAAACAUCCGUCGUCUUCCAUCAUUCAGAAGGUAUGUGGAAAAGCAAGUUUCAGAAAAGCAAGUUGCACUGUUGACCAAUGAGAGAUUUUUGAAGGAGGAAACACAAUCCUUACUAGAAAAUCUGCAUGUUUACCAUACAAAUUAUUUUCUGGUUUUGAGAUGUCUUCAUAAUUUCACCUCUUCUCUUCCAAAGUACCCACUGGGUCGACAGAUCAGAGAGUUGUACUGCACAUGUUUAGAAAAGAACAUAUGGGAUUCAGAGGAGUAUGCAUCAGCCUUGCAGCUGCUGAGGAUGUUGGCAAAGGAUGAUCUGAUGACCAUACUUCAGAAAUGUUUCAAGGUUUUUAAAUCCUCUUCUGAAAAGCAGCUUGGCAGCACAGCAAAGAGAAUAGAGGAAUUCCUGGCCCAGUUUCAGAGCCUCGAUGCAGAUGCCAAAGAGGAAGAAGAUGCUUCUGGGUCACAGCCAAAGGGCCUUCAGAAGACAGAUCUCUAUCAUCUUCAGAAGUCCUUAUUGGAAAUGAAGGAGUUGAGAAGAACAAGUAAGAAGCAAACCAGGUUUGAAGUACUCAGAGAAAAAGUUGUGAACUUCAUUGACUGUCUGGUGAGAGAAUACCUUCUGCCUCCUGAGACUCAGCCUCUGCACGAGGUGGUGUACUUCAGUGCUGCCCACACUCUUCGUGAGCACUUAAAUGCUGCUCCACGUAUCGCCCUCCACACUGCACUGAACGAUCCUUAUUUUUAUAUAAAGAAUGAAGCACUGAAAAGUGAAGAAGGCUGCAUUCCAAAUAUUGCCCCUGACAUCUGCAUAGCUUAUAAACUGCACCUGGAGUGUAGCAGGCUAAUCAACCUUGUGGACUGGUCAGAGGCUUUUGCAACAGUUGUGACAGCUGCUGAAAAGAUGGAAUCAACUUCUGCAACUACAGAAGAGAUGAAUGAAAUUAUCCAUGCUCGGUUUAUUAGAGCUGUUUCUGAACUAGAACUUUUAGGAUUUAUAAAACCUACCAAACAGAAGACUGACCAUGUAGCAAGGCUAACAUGGGGAGGCUGUUAGAAUGCAAAUGAAUGAAGCCAGUUGUGUCGCGUACCUUAAGGGCAGAAGGAGACUACUAGUCAUAUUUACAUGCCAUUAGAGACUGCUGAGAAGACAAUGUGUAGCCCUCCCUUUUGGUGUUUAACCAGAAAGUAGAAUUUUAAUCUCAAGCAGGUUUAUAUCAAAGAAUCUUUGUAAUAUUUUAGAAUCUAACAAACAUGCUUGCAUUAUAUCUAAAACCUCUCAUGAAUUAUCAUUGUACAAAAUCACUAAACCAAAUCAUUCUUGGACUUAUGCUGUCUAAAUAGAAUAAAUUUCUUUAUCCAGUAAUGUAAAGUAUUUGUAAUUGGUAUACAUUACAAAUGUAUCUUGUUCCUCUAUUUUUUGCAUUGGCUUUCCUCAUUGGUAUAUUGUACAGUAAGUCAUAACAUAAAUAUCCUGCAAGUUCGUUUCUUAUCUUUAGAAAGACCAUUCAUUACCACAGUAGCAUUGAUCAGGAUAGUAUCUUACUGUCUUCACCUCAGGUGCCAAAACUUAUUCAGCAAAAUGUAAACACUUAUGCAUAGGUAUAACAGUACUGUCAACUUGAAAGUUAAGAACUUGUGAUAUACAAAGUGUAAACUAAAAAAAAAAAUACUUAUCAAAAUCCUGGAAUCGGGGCAUGAAGCAGAUUCUCCAACAAAUGGACAUGUUGAAGAUAAUCAACUUUGUUUGUGAAAUGCAUGAGUUUCUAUGAUUUAUCUUUAAGCAAUUACCCACCCAGGCUUUUUCUGAUAUUCUAGUCAUUUUCCUCCAAAGAGCCCUCAACUACAUUUUUUUUAUUGUUUUUAAACAAUGGGUAGUAAAAAUCUAGGUAAACAAUGUACAAAUGAUUUUAAGGAUUUUUCAUCUAUUGCCUCUUUGAGGCCAUCAGCCAUGAGGCAGGUUUCCCAGUAUUCCCAUGUUGUAUUAAUGAGGACACCAUUAAUAUGUACAGUAUGGUUUCCUGCAGCUUUCAGAUGACAGAUGAGCACCAGAUGAAAUUUAGAAAACUUUAAAACACUCAUAUCUUACAGUAUAAAAUUACUAGUCUUAAGACUAGCAAAUUCACAUCUGUCUGAAAGCAGAUUUCCUGAGAUGAAAAAGUAACCCUACUUUAAUUUUGCUAUGCACUUACUGAAUUCGUGCAAUCUAAAUGUAUAUCAUGCACUGAACCAUGUUGAGGUAAUAAAUCCACAGUCAAGCUCUGGGGCAUGCCUAUGAAUUUAUUAAUGUUUAGGGAAAUUAAGAGUGGGCAAAAGAAGACUGAGCAGCAGCAGCCAAUAGAGGAAAAUCGGGCAAGUGUAUUAUCUUACAAGCCAACUGAAGAGUUUCAAGGUUGAAUGCUGUUUAUGAUUAGACUUCAAAAAUCUUCAGUGACUUAAUAUAGGCAUCACCUAUCAGAUCAGAUAAGCAUGUGUCCAAAAUUGACACUAAUCCUGGAAAGGCCAUACAUUGUAUAGUAUCAACUUUUGUUCUGACACAGAAGUUUUAACCUGAAAAUUAAAAUUUUUAGGCCCAAUUCCUAGCCUACAGUUAUUUCAGAUGCUUAGAUUAAAUCAUCAGUGGUAGCACAAAUAUUCAAAAAGGGCCUGGGUCUUCCCAGUUAGACUCUUGAUUGAAUCCCAAGGGUGAACGGACUAAUAAAAAAAACUUACAUUGACAAAUGGGAGAACCUCAAUGUGGAUAUAAGUAUUUCAAAUAGGGUAAUGGUAUCAAGUUUAUUUGUGUAGAAGUACGUGUUUUUAUGAGAUGCAUUUUUAAUAGCUUUUACACGUCAGACUAUUCUUUCAACUUUUCUGUGUUUGAGCUUUUUCCUAAUUAAAAAAAAGUUGGUGAAAGCGGGGAGAGGCAGUAAAUCGGAAGAUGUUUAGAAAAAUUUUGAGUUUAGCUUAGUAACAGUAAAAUAGAGUAAUAGCUGGAUGAGGAAUAUAGGAUCAAAAGGUUUUUAAUAACAUUUUCUUUAUUUGGGAAUGAUCUACAAGAGAGAAAACGGAUGCAGGAGAGAAGAUAGCUGGAACUGUGUCUUUGAAUUAGAUGUUUGUAUGUGAUGCGAGUUUGUAUGUAAUUCUUACAUAGUACUAAUGCAUCACAGAGUAGACAGGGAUAAAAUUCGGCUUUAGCAGAAUAUUCACUUUUAUUAAAACUAGAGCAGAAUAGUGGAACAACCCAAAUGAAGUAGAGACAACUGUUUCCAACUCUAGCUGCUUGGAUCAUAUCUGUAAAAUGUAUUUUACCAAUUCCAGUGGUCUUCCUUUCCUAGGUCUUCUAAUGCAGUUUCUACGGGUGGAGCCUUACGAUCUUUUUUUUUAAAAAGAAAGCUCUUCAGGUAGUAUUGUAAAUGCAAUCACUGUCUGUUUAGAAAUCAUGUUCAUUAGUCAUGUCAAAGUCUUGAUAUUUUAAACCUCCGAUAUUUAUUUUUUUCAAAUGCCUAUUUUUCCUCAACAAUACAAAGAAUUCUACCUUA